CUAUUGUAUGCCAAGUUAGCUCUAUGGGUAAAAGAAUCUUGGGAUAAAAUUAGUCCUCGUUUAAUUCAAAGUGCAUUUAAAUGCUGUGGUAUCUCAGUAGAAAUGGAUGGGUCAGAAGAUGAUUUAGUCUUUGAUUAUGAAUUGUUGGAUGAGGAGAAUGCAAGUAAUGAAAAUACUGAAGAAGUAUUGACUUUUGAUAAUAUUGAUUGA